UUAAAAAUGUAUCAGCUGUCAUCCUAUAGUGUUGAAGGUGGUUGUAUCAAUGUUGGUCAACGAAAAUGUAAAAACAUUCAUAUUAUCAACACUGUCGAAUCCGCUUAUACGCUUCGGACUGCCAGGAAACAAAUCGCCUUUUAUUAUUUUCAAGAAUGGCCGAUGAUGAAAAUGAAGACCAAAAAGAGUACCGCUGGGAGACCGGAUACGAAAAAACAUGGGAAGCUAUCAAAGACGACGAAGAUGGUUUAUUGGACGGGGCCAUUGCCGAAAUCAUACAGAAGGCUAAACGCCAGAGGUUGGCACAGAAAACAAAGCAAAACAGGCUUGGAAUGAUGCGACACCUAUACGUCAUAGUCGAUUGCUCCGAGUCGAUGAGUGUACCGGAUUUGAAGCCCACUAGACUUCGGUGCACCAUCAAGCUGUUGGAGCAGUUCAUCGAGGAGUUCUUUGACCAGAACCCUAUUAGUCAGCUGGGCAUCAUUGCUCUAAAGGCCAAAAGGGCCGAGAAGGUGACCGAACUGACAGGGACAUCGCGAGUCCAUCUAAAGGCGCUAGAAAGCUUGAUAAACGUCUCCCUGACCAGCGAGCCAUCCCUUCAAAAUGGCUUAGAUCUCGCUCUAAAGACUCUUAAAGUGGUACCUUCGCAUGCAUCUCGCGAGAUUGUCGUCAUAAUGGGUUCGCUUACCACUUGCGACCCGGUCGACAUCAACCUUACCAUAGACGAACUGAAAAAAGAAGGGAUUCGAUGCUCUGUCAUAUCGUUAUCCGCGGAAAUUCACGUUGCUCGCUAUCUAACUCAACAGACUCUGGGAACUUUUGGUGCGGUUCUUGACGACGCUCACUUCCGCGAUCAGCUUAUGUCGCAAGUAGACCCGCCGCCAGCGGCAAAGACUCAGCACAACUCCCUCAUUCGCAUGGGCUUUCCCCACACCAAGAACGAGGUGGAGGGUAAGGACGCGCCAUUGUCCAUGUGCAUGUGCCACAUUGAGAACCUAGAGGAGCCUAGUGUACUAUGCACCACUGGCCACCAUUGCCCUCAAUGCAACAGCAAAUACUGCGAACUUCCUGUUGAGUGCCAGUCCUGUGGUCUUACCCUUGUGUCUGCGCCUCAUCUUGCACGUUCCUAUCACCACCUGAUCCCUGUCCCAAACUUCGAAGAGGUGACUUUGGAUUCGAUGCCGACUGUUUCUUCGGACUACAAUGGCGGUGUCAAGGAAUGUUACGCUUGUGCCAAGGUUCUUACCUUUGUCGCUGACAAAAGUAUCUUUAAAUGCGGAUUUUGCCAGCAGUUCUUUUGCAUUGACUGCGAUGCAUUCAUACACGAAACCCUACACGCAUGUGUAGGUUGCAACACUAUUCCCGGAGUGGAUGGCCUAGUGUAUCAGCAGACUACAAAGCCUACAUCUGAGGAUCCGCGUUAGGAAUCUUCAAUCAUUUCGCAAAAUGUUUAAUAUAACUGAGUUAAAAUAAAUAACUUUAGUUAGGUAGCUUUAGUUAAGCCUUUUGUCAGAGAACAGAAUAUUAUUUAAUUAACUGAAUUAUUAAUUUAUAUGAUUAAUAUACACAGGGCGGAAAAAAUUAGUUUGUAUUGUAAAUAGAGUUUUUCUCUCUUGUUUUAGUAGUCAUUUGGUUGUAUGCAAGUUCUCUGCGGCUAUAAUUUCCAGCAUGGCUUUAGCUUCUAUUUCGAAAGCUCGCAUCACUCAGUUGCGGUUGGACGUUAAGUCAAAGCCCCAGCUCGGUAAUAACAAAACCUUGCCCUGAAGUAAAAGUGGAAUACGUUAACGACGUUAAAAUUGAUAAGCAACUCAAAGAUCUAUUAAGAAUGGAAUAUAGUUUUUUUUUUACUUCAAAGUAAAUAGUAAGUUUCUUUUCUAGUAUUAAACUAGUUAAAACACAUUUAACCAUUUCUUUUAUAGAUCAGUUUAUUAUCAUUUCAUAUCAAAAUACAGUAAAUAAAAAAACGAGAAUGGAAA